AUGCCACAGGCAGAUAAAAUUGUACAGGGAUCUAAUUCGAUAAAGCACCAAUCACCGACUACAGAUGCAAUGUUUGCAAUCAUCAAGGCGAUUGCGUCAUCGCUACAAUGGACUUUUAUAAGUUGGAUGGGCUUUCUCAAUUCGGAAUGUUAUCAUCCCGGUAGCGGAGCGUUCUGCCAAAGUCCUGAUAAUGAGUUAUCCUUCACUCUGAAGAUAACAAAGCAGCUAGCCAGUAUUAAACCGCUUGAUGAGGCCGAUUUAAUGUUCAAUAUCUGA